GGUAGCACAAUCUUUAGAUAAAAACGCAGUUAUUAAUCUUGAUUCUACCAACGACUAUUGAAAAUUUGAAAGUGGAAUGAAAUCAAACGCAACCCCUUCGUACAACUCUCAUUCUCUAUCGUAACUUACAAAGAAGCUAGGUCAGGUUGACACUCCAAGAUGAUGGGGAGAAGCUUUUCGUCGAUGCCGAUCGAGUUUCAGACCAUAAACGGACUUCAACAACUUGCCGAAACUCGCCGAUUCAAGGCAUGGUUCUUGGACCAGUUUGGAGUUCUACAUGAUGGAAAACAACCAUACCCGGGUGCCAUUUCGACAUUAGAGAAGUUGGCAAAUUAUGGUACUAAGAUGGUGAUUAUUAGUAAUUCUUCGAGGCGGGCAUCAACUACUUUUGACAAGUUGAGAAGCCUUGGAUUUGAUACCUCACUCUUUGUGGGAGCCAUCACUAGUGGGGAAUUAGCGCACGAGUACCUGUUAAGGAGAGAUGAUCCAUGGUUUACAAGACUAGGAAGAUCGUGCAUUCACAUGACCUGGAAUGACCGAGGUGCUAUAUCUCUUGAGGGCUUGGAUUUACAAGUUGUGGAUAAUGUUGAAGAAGCUGAAUUUAUUCUGGCCCAUGGUACAGAAGCUUUGGGGCUUCCUUCUGGUGCUGCACUUUCCAUGAUGCUUGAGGAUCUUGAGAAAAUUCUGGAGCAGUGUGUUGCUAAAAAGAUUCCUAUGGUGGUAGCAAAUCCUGAUUUUGUUACAGUUGAGGCUAGAGCUCUUCGUGUUAUGCCCGGAACACUAGCAGCCACGUAUGAGAAGCUUGGUGGGGAAGUGAAGUGGAUGGGCAAGCCUGGUGAGAUAAUAUAUAAAUCUGCCAUGGGGAUGGUUGGUGUGGAUGCUACUGAUUGUAUUGCUGUUGGAGACUCUCUCCACCAUGAUAUAAAAGGUGCAAAUGUGGCAGGGAUCUCUUCUGCUUUUAUCACUGGAGGGGUCCAUGCAACUGAACUCGGACUUGGUAAAUUCGGAGAAACUGCAGAUAACUCUUCUGUUCAUGCUCUUGCCACGAAAUACGAGGCUUAUCCAACAUAUGUGCUCCCAUCAUUUACAUGGUAGCCUCAUUAUUGUGUUUUUGUGUGGCUCAGAAGCACAACUUCCAAUACACUCGCAGUACAUGGAAGAGCAUCGAUUUUGAGUCUGCAUCCUUUUAUUGUCAAAACAAGAAUAUUGUUUUAGCGCUCAGGUCUAUGUUGAAAACCUGCUAAAAAGGGCUGCAACUCUCCCUUAAGUUGUACUAAGUUUGUUAUAAUGUUGCAAGGGCCGUCAAAGAACAUGCUACAAUGAGAUGACUCCUGCUGAUUCUUCGUCACCUGUUUAUUGAUCCUGCAUUGAAAUUGAUAUUUAAUUUUUGUUACUUCAUGGAAUCUAGCUUGCCCAAUGGUGCAACUAUUUAAUGAUUCAUUACAUUCAUUUCGUUAAAUGAUGUAUUUGUGACGUUGAAUUGGACAUGACUGAAUAUGAUAAAAGAAGAGAGAUGCAUAUUUUUGCAUACCUCAUGCUAAUC